AUGCCUCUCGUCAAUGCCACCUCGGUCACUGCCGUUCUGUUCCUUCUCUACCUGUCCUCCUUCAUCCUCCUGGCAAUCCUGCGAGUCGCGACCGGCAUAUCCAUCCAGCGCAUUGGUCUUUCCAGUCUUAGGCACAUCUCCUACACUCCCAGAGAAGGCUUGCGAAUCGACCUGCGAGGACUCGGCCUCAGUGUUCACCGCCCGACAUUUGCUCAACCGACAUGGAUCAGCGUGGUGUUCGAAGAACUCAAGGUGACCCUCGAUCCCGCCGCAUUCGAGCACACUGCCGACGCGGCACGGGUCCGCCAGGAAAAGCAGGACCGCAAGGACGAGACACAUGGACACCGCAGAAACCGUUCUCGAGAUCAAAGCCAGGUAUGGAAGAGGUUGACCAGGACCAAAGAAAGCAUCAAGCGCCUGCACCGCAAAAUCCACCUUCUGCGCAUGUUCGACAUCAUCGCGUUAAACACUUCGGCGGAAAUAGUCGGAGUCGGAUAUGUGCAGAUCUCGUCCUUUACAGCAGCUGUCUACACGAGGCGGAAGCUUUUGGAUCGCGGGCGGCUCUUUCGACACAAGAAGGAUCCUCUGGGAGAUCAAAGGCCAGCGGAAUGGGUCUUUACAGUCAAAAGCAUACUUCUGGGCGUUGGCGGUCGAGACCCGAUUGAGGUUCUUGAUGCCAUGACAAUCAACGUCCAUGGACUAUUGUACAGAGAUCGAGAAGGACUUCGAGACACUUCAAUUGCCAUCAAGGGUGGCCGUCUCUACGUGCCAGUGGAUGAAUUAAUCCACUUCUCGCGCAAGGGCCAAAGGUUGGCAAAGAGCCCCGAACCACCCGACCUACUGACCCCUGUCGACGAGAUAUCGUUCGAGGAUGUGGCGGGAGAACUGGACAGUCCUGGCAGUCGCGAGGCAGCCAUUGUCCAGACGGUAGCUGAGUCUAAAGAGUUUCUCCGGUCAACCCUUCAGAGUGUGCAAGAGGUCCAGGUGGGAAUGAGCUUCGUGCGAAUCUCGAAAGAGAUCGAGUCGCUCAGGCAAGCCAAUCUUCCUCUGUUAGCCAACGUUGUCAUACACGAGAUUGGCGUUGACCUGCAUCGACUUGAGCAGAAUUCCCCGGCUCACCGAAUGUAUUUUCAGCGCGAGGACAUCGCUCACCAGGCCCUUCUUGCUGCUCUGUCUAUCUCGGUCAGCCUUGAUGAAGAUGAUUCGCGUCCGAACAGGAUCAUGUACAUCCCGAUGGCAACUACCACCAUCAGGACUACCUUGCCAGCAAAGACGAUGAGCUUCACACAAGAUCGCGACGUUGCCGAAAGGAACACCAACGUCCUAUUUGCUAACCUGGUCGUCACAUCGCCAUCUCUCGAUCUGGCACCUCAGCACCUGAUAAAACUGCUCGCUGUCGCCCACAGGCAAGAAGCCCGCUCCCUUGAGACUACUCACAAUCAACAUCGUCUGAUUUCCAGGCUACUUCCGAAGGCGAGCAUCAAGUUCUCCAUCCAUGAGCCGGUGCUCAGAUUUGUUUUGCCGGUUGCGAAUCCUACUCAUGCUGCACCUGGUGACUAUGACAUGAUCAUAUCUUCUAUAUCCUCGAUCUCUCUGGACCUUGAGUCUUCGCAUUCAGCAGGAGGUGAACUCCUUUAUUCUCUUGCUUCGAGCUUCCGGGUUAUGUCGCACAGGUUAUAUUACCAGGCUUCCACGGGUACAAAACACAAUCUGAUCAUCACCGAAGCUUUGGAACUGAAAGUCCAACUGACGGCUUCCAAAGAGGUCUCUGUCGUCCUGCAGGGCAGCCUGCGGACUUUCUCCGUUCUCAUGGUGCGGGAGGAAGUCAGCAAAGCACUCUACAACAUAGUCAAGCAUUUUCGACAUCACUCUCCGGCAGAUAAAGUCGUCGUCCAGAAGCCUCCACGGGUCGCCUUCUUGCGAAAGUUACCUGCUUGGCUUAUUGAGGCAAGCUUCGAAGGCUCGGGGUGCAGUUUUGAAGCAGCUGGUAUCGAUGAGAGCGUCUCUGCUCAAACGCGAGGAGUCGCCUUGGAGCUUGAAUCAUGGUCGGCCCAGUAUACAUCAGCGAAGUCGGAGAUCGGCCGGAAACCGAAAGGACGAAAAGUUAGUACCUCGGUCCGCUACGAUGAGCACUUCUCGCCCACGAAAGCCGUCUCACCUCCGCCGACGCAUUCCAGGCAUCGGCAUAGUGACCCCACGGAUGGGAGACGGCUCGCAUGUCAUAUCAAGGGCUUUGAAGGCUUCAUCAUCGAGUCUGCCGACUCCUGGGAGCCGGCACCGUUUCUCUCUGUGCCGAGACUGGAAGUUGCUUUCAGCACGUCCCGAGACCAACAAGGGCCGCUCUUCCAUAUCCAUUCCGCCGUCCGCGCCUUCUAUCUAGACUUCUCUCUCUACAAAUACUACUCGAUCGGCGUCGGAGGCUUUGUCGUCAGAGAAGCUUUCCAUGGGCCGGUACAGCUCCAGCGGACAGCAGCGCACCAGACCAGCCUGGCUCAUAAGGAGAGCGGCUUGGAACAUGUACCAGUGCCUCUGGGCGCGGAACUGUUCGCAAUUGAUAUCAAAGCUUACUAUGUCCAAGUCAAGGCUCAUUUGCCACAUGACCCCCCGGUGAUGCUUCAAAUCUACCAGCUUACUUGUGGCCGGCACAGAUGGUCGCCUCCCUUCUUACGAGCUGAACUGGCUCGCUUACACGCAGAAGCGCCGCGCCUCAAGCGAGUCUGGGCACGGGUUGUGGGCAUCAGUGGCCUCAGGCUAGAUCUGCGCCACAGUAGAAAGAAGACCCAGCAUGGUGUGGUUGAGGAGAAGACCAUUGAUAUUGGCACCGAUUUCAUCCGCCUCGGAGUCCCGCACGGACUCGAGAUGUAUAAGGUUUUUGACAACUUCAUCAACACGGCCAAGGCGAUGAAGCAGCUGCAUCAUCGUUUCCAGACGCGUUCGAACGAGUACGUGCUGGGUAAACACCCUGAACCCGCCAAGAAGGUCCCUCGAAUAUCAGUUCGGACCAAAGCCUUGUGCUUCGAACUUGAAGAUGACCCGUUUGAAUGGAAAUUGGGUGUAAUCUACCACGUUGGCCUGGUCGAGCAGAAACAACGGCUUGCUCGGGCCGAUGCUUAUCGGCUGAAGGUGAAGCGACUGAACGAAGAGAGACGGCCCAGGUCACCUUCUCGCAUGCGGGCUCGCUCGACGCAUUCGAGCCGGGCAGGAUCACCUAAUGCCUCUCCAACCCCCCAGCCUCGGCGCUCGCGCAGUGCCGACACCACGCCGAGGAAGCGAUCCACCUCCAGGGGAAGACGUGGCAGGAGGUCGCGCCGGAUCCGGUACGAUCGCGAGGGUGUAUGCGCGUUGACGGGUGACGCAAAGAUAGAGGCAACCGAAGCAUGGGAGAGGCUCCAAGAGCAUAACUCUCGCAGCUGGAAACGACGGAUUGACUUUAUGUUGCGGCUGCAGAACAACGCUGUCAGGAGCGUCCGACAGAUGUUCAGUGGUGCAGACGAACCGCCACACGACGAGCAGGAGAGGGAGACGAUCCUGGGCAUUCCGAAUCGUCCUGGGUUAAUGACUCUGAUAAUCAGCGACUUGCAUCUCAUCAUUGACAAACCGUCAUUUCCCGAAGCCGAGCUGCCCAAAUUCAUCCACGAGAUCGGGAAAGGCAUGCCCUAUGACAUGCAGUAUGGACUCCUCAUUCCCAUCAGCCUCAGUCUCGACAUGGGCGAAGCUCGGGUCUUCCUUCGUGACUAUCCCCUCAAUCUCAUCCACAUCCCCGCUAUACGGCCUGGACAGCCAGCUCGAUUACCCAGUUGGUCUCUACGAUCAGAUUUUGUCAUUGCAGAAGAAUUCCGAGAUGAAAGGUCAACCAGGCACAUCAAAGUCGAGAUCGUGCCGAAAGGACAGCAUGGACGCAGCGGAGAAGAGAUCCCAGCAUUCGCCAUAGACGUGAGGAGAACCGUUGCACCCGUCAAGACCUACUCGAAGCCCGUCAUUGAUAUCAAUACUAGCCUGCCAACCACGAUCUCAUGGGGCACAUCGUACCAGCCAGUUAUCCAGGACAUGAUGAUGAUCAUCGAGAGCUUCACCAAACCUGAAAUAGAUCCUUCGGAAAGGGUUGGCUUCUGGGACAAGAUUCGGCUCAGCUUUCAUUCCAGGCUGGUGGUCAACUGGAAAGGCGACGGUGAUGUCCAGUUCCGACUCAAAGGUACUAGAGAUCCUUACGUCGUCACUGGGUACGGUGCUGGUUUCGUCAUGUGCUGGCGGAACGAUGUACAGUGGCUCAUACACCAGGUCGAUGACCCGCGUGAGUUCAUGACAGUGAAAAGCGGUGAGUUUGUCUUGGCUGUCCCUGAUUACAGCCAUGAAGCCCGCAGAUCCUCUGAGCAGCAGAUGAGAAAUGACUCGGACAGCGUGUCCAGUAUCAGCAGCACUGGAAAGAGCGCCGCCCUGUUCAAGAAAGUUAUCAUGAAACUGUCGGGGAAUGUGCAGUGGACUGCCGGUCUGGUCUUUGAACGAGACGUCGCCGACGAUAUACGCAGCUCCGAGUUCAGACCGCACUACGAUGUAGUGUUAAAAAAUCCGAUGUCCCUCCAAGAUGUCGACUUGGACACGUAUGACGCAUUCCGAGGCUUCCGAAGCCAACAUGUCCAUCUGUCCAUUGCGGUGGCUGCACCUUUUGACAGGGAUUUGGUAGGUGCGGACUCACCGCGCUCGGAAAGCUAUAACAGCGUCCACCUGAGUCCGAAGUUCUUCUCCCACUUCUUUAACUGGUGGUCGACGUUUUCCGGCGUCAUGUCCCUGCCUGUACGGCAAGGCUCUCUAUGGAGGGAUCUGGGCAAGACAAGCAAGAAAUUCGGCCGCCAUCUUGCGACGAUCAAGUACAAUCUUCUGCUGUCGCCACUCUUCAUAUCGCACGUCUACAAACACAAAGAUGCGGAGGACUACCAGGCAAAUGUUGUGUCGGCCACUGGCUUGAAGAUCAAGAUUGACAACUUCAUGCUCGACCUCCAUCAGCGUCGAGAGUACUUCAACACUAUGGCGAAAGGGAGGGCGAAACACAUGAGAACGAGCGGCAUGAAGAUUAACAAAACCGAACUUGACUUUGUGCGGGCAGACUUAAGAGCUGUCGCCGCUCUCAUCGCAGGGACCACAGCAGAAGACCUUGCAAAGGCUAGCGACGAGAAGCUGGCUUCCUUGGGGGAGGUACCCGAGAAUAUCGACCUGUCUCAGUUCACUAUCCCCGAUCAGGAUUUGUCGUGGAUUGACAUGGACGACUUUGUCGAACUGGAUUGGGUCUUGCCUGCUGAGUCGAAUCCCGAGACGAAGAUUCUGCCGCUAGCCUUCACUCCACGCUUCACAUACUUCCGACAAACUGAUCAUGGAGGGGCAAUCCAAGGGGAUGCGUCCCGGACCAGUCCUUUUGGUGACGAAGACACGCACUUCUGUGUUAUGGGCCGCGACAACGACCCGAGAAAGGUGCAGAUGGAUUUAAUCGAGGCGCGUCUGCACGAUUUGGAGGACAGGCUGCAAACACAUGUACGUAUCAUGAACGAACACGAACUCCUCGUAAUUCGGGACGGAGAUCAUAACCGAGCCUAUCGAGACAAGCAAAACUUGCUCGUAGCACAACAAAAGGAGCUGGAGAGCAAGCGACGAUUCCUGCAGCAUGGGCUCCGUCGCCUUAUGGGCCAUGCAAAUCCUGGCGACGCUCAUCAACCGGACCAUUUUCCUGAGAGCAAUGGAAGCACGACGAAAUCUAUACCUGAUUCAGACGCUCAAAGCGCUGGCACCCACAUGGACAUGGAUGGGCUGUACUCGGCGCCCCAUGAUGAGUUUGCGAGUGACUAUUCCAACCGCUUCAUCAUUCACAAUGUUCAGCUGAAAUGGAACAACUCCUUGCGCAACAUCAUCCUGCGUUACAGUCACCAGGUCAGCCAACGCCGAGGCUUCGUGUACUACAUGUCACGCCGGGCGGUCAAGUUCAUCCUGGACAUCGUGGACGAGCAAGCUCGAGCGAAGGAUGCACGGCGCCGGCAAGAGAAGAAGCACCACACUCCAGUACCGCCUACGCCGAGCGUCAUCUCGCCCAGUGAAGAGAAAGACGAAGAUUCCGUGAUAGAAGAUCGGAUCAUGCAGCUUUUGAACGACGUCAAGCGAUUUGUCCAUGCACCCGACGCCGAGAGAGAUUCUUCGGAGUCGCCUGUCGAUGGGGACACCAACCUGGAAAGGAGGACUUCUACGAGUGACCCUGCCGAUAAGAUUGCGGACAACUUUCAAGCGAUGAAUAGUUAUCACCUCCGCCUGAUUGCUCCCCAGAUACAGCUCCAAAGCGAGAAGAAUACCAAAGCUAUUGUGCUGAUCUCGGCCAAGGGCAUGCAGUUGAAAGUCGUCUCCAUUAUGGACAAGGCUCGCAUGUCAGACGCUGUGAGCGGACUGGUUCAACGCCGUUUUGCGCUUGAUAUGGACGGUGCCCAGUUCUUUGUGGCGACUCAGAAGACGUUGGCCAAAUACCUCCACCUCUACUCUGGCAAUAAAUAUGGCAACAGCCCUGGUUCGUCGUGGCCCCCCUGGGUCUCCCUUGAGGCCAUGUUCGACUUCCAUCUCGAACCCUUUGGCUUCCAGCGAGUUAUACAGAAGACGUCCGCCGCUCUUAGAUAUGAGAAGUACAAUCCACUCCGGCUAAAAUACAACGAGGAAGUCGAAAGCAAUGAGAAUGGCGAGCAGGACGACGCAGCACGGAGGGAGAAUCGAAUCGAUCAACUAUGGGUCGACUUUCCCCGGAUUCGUGUUCGAUGCGACUCAACCCAGUACUAUGCGAUGUAUAUCAUCGUGCUCGACUUGUUGUUGUACAGUGAACCAUUGGAAAAGACGAGGAGCGAGCGGCUGGAGAAGAUCAUGCUUGCCUCUGACUUCAGCGAUCUGCGAGGCGCUCCCGAGAUGGCCGAGAGCUUGCAGGAACGAAUCCGCCAGCUUGAAGACAUCAAACUACAUUUCCAGAUCAACGCGAAAUACCUCGACAAGCAGGGCUGGCAGGAUCGAAUCAAUCUGGAGAAAGAUCUCGCAAGCUGUGAAGACGAAUUGUUCUUCAUCAUGAAAGCCAUCAAUACAUCUCAGCAGAAGAGCGAAGAUCGGAAGGCUUCGGAGACCAGUGGUGUUCUACGGUGGUAUCUGAGUGCCUCUGAAAUCGUGUGGCACCUGAUGCGGGAGAAGGACGAGCCUCUGCUCGAGUUUCAGCUCGGCAAUGCUGCGUAUGAGCGGAUUGACAACACCGACGGAUCGAACCAUAACGCCCUCGAGAUCGAGCAUAUCAGAGGCUGGAACCUGCUUCCUAACGCGCUGUAUCCCGAGAUCAUAGGGCCCUACUACGACGCAUCAGAAAAGGACAGACGGCCCAGCGUAAUGGAACUCCAGAAGAUGGUGCAAGUGCACUGGUACAUGCUCGAAGCUAUCGCGGGCAUACCCGUCCUUGAACACUUCCAAGUCACCGUGUUUCCACUCAAAGUCCAACUGGAGCGGGAGCUCGGCAAGAAGCUCUUUGAGUAUAUCUUCCCCAGCUCCGGGUCUGAUGCAUUCGAGACCGGUAACUUCUCUCCGUUGGCGGUGAAAAACCUCGAACCUACAGACGUCGAAGACGAUCAGGAAUUCGUCGAGGCACGUAGCGCUCUGAUGUCCGAGGAAGGUCUUGACAAGGCAAGUGUCGACAAACCACGUGAACCUUCGCCAACGGCUGUGGCUAGGAGACUCAAACCGACCUACAGCCUGGACUACGAUGAGAAGAAUAACAGUCACUCGACGCACGGCAAGAACAGAGGCCUCGGGAUUUCCAGUGAGCACCACAAGUUUUUCAAGCAUUUCAACACGUCCAGCGCACGGUCUGUGCUCAAGGAACCUUCCCGCAAGGGCUCGUCAGGCAGCCUGCGCUCGGCGAAGAAACAUGACGCCUCCUCCACGAGUCUCGUCGCCCUGGGAAAUGGCAACACCGAGAAGAAACGGUUCAACCUUGGGUCCGCGGCAACCAAAAAGGACAAGAAAGACAAGGCCGCCAACGAUGAUCUGAGUCAAAUGAUGUCCCGCGCUUCCAACUACAUGACCCUGGCGCACGUGAAGCUCAACAGCUUCGUGGUCUGUCUCUCGUACAAAGGGAAAUCAGACCGCAACUUCGAGGACCUGCACGACUUUGUGUUCCGCAUGCCUACACUCGAAUAUCGGAACAAAACAUGGAGCAAUCUGGAUCUUGCGCUCCGGCUAAAGAAGGAUGUGAUCAGGGCACUGAUUUCUCACACUGGCGCCAUCAUCGGCAAUAAAUUUUCGCAUCACCGACCCAGCAAGAAGCAGGUCGAACGGCUCAAAGAGAUUGCACAUUCCAGCACGAUUCCGAACAGCGACGUCAAUCUGCAGCUCUCGGGGACGAGCGAGACGACGAGUCUGUACAGUUUCAGCCAGGACGGAAAAGACGACGACCUGGACUCGGGCAUCACUUUCCAGAGUCCGCCGGGCACCAAUGGUCACAAGAAUGUGACGUUCCAUGGGCCGUCGCCCCUCCUGAGAAGCGGAAGCUGGUCAAGUGGGAUCAAUCUGCCCAACACAGGGGCGGCGAUCGGGGCGACGGCCUUGCCGGCUCCACGCUCCCUGAAUGGAACAGCAGGCUCGGGUCCCACUAGCGGGUCCGCAGGAAGCGGCAUUCCUAGCAGUACAUCGUCCCUCUUUUCGCAACGACGGCCCUCAUCGGCGCAUCCCUCUGCCGUGCCCACCUCGGCUCCCAAUGUAGCGAUGCCGCCCCCGACCUCGGCCCUGCAUCCACCAGCUAGCUCACACGGGCAGGCCAGAUCGUUGCUUAAAGACACGAUUGGUCGGCAUUUCAGCGCGGACACGGUCAAAGGGCGCGUGCAUUUCGGCGGCUUGAGCCUCAUGAAGAGCGACACGCACAAGGAGAAGGAACACCACAGAGAACGCUCCGACUCUCUAUCCAGCCACAAGGAUAAAGACAGAGACAAAACCACAGGAGCUGCGGCACACAGCGCCGACGAUGUUUUUACCGAUGCCGGUACCACUACUGGUGGUGGCAUCGACACUCCUUCGCGCAGACCGCCUCUUGCGGGAGCCUUGGCAGGCCCCGGCGGCAACGAAGCCGACGGCACCGAGCGCGACACGGACAUGAAUCGACGAAAGAGCGUGCUCACGCUCGGCAAGAAGGUCUUGAAUCGGCUGAAUUAG